AUGGAUACGAGCCAGAGCGCGCAGGCAGCCGACAUGGGAGGAGAGCACUCCGCCGGGCCGUGCGCGGCGGACCGGGAGCGGGACCGGGAGCGGGGCGAGGUGACCAGCCCCUGCCCGCCGGCCAAGCAGCGUUCCCUGCGGGUGGUGUACGUCCUGAACGACGGGCUGAAGUCGGUGAUGGCCAGCAGCCCCGAAUCCGGUGCGCUCCAGUGUCUGCAGAGAGCGUGCGACGCGGAGAGCGCGCUGCUCACCACCGUCACCUUCGGACGGCUGGACUUCGGAGAAACGUCCGUGCUGGACAGCUUCUACGACGCAGACAUCGCGGUUGUGGACAUGAGCGACGUGUUUCGGCAGCCCUCCUUGUUCUACCACCUGGGCGUGAGGGAGAGCUUCGACAUGGCCAACAACGUCAUCCUGUACCACGACACCGACCCCGACACCGCGCAGUCGCUGAAGGAUAUGGUGGCGCAGAAAAACACAGCGUCCAGCGGUAACUACUACUUCAUCCCCUACAUCGUGACGCCCAACCACGAGUACAUGUGCUGCGAGAGCGACGCCCAGCGCAGGGCCAGCGAGUACAUGCAGCCCAGCUGGGACAACCUGCUGGGGCCGCUGUGCGUGCCCCUCACGGACCGCUUCACCGGCCUGCUGAAGGACAUCCACGUCACGUCCUGUGCCUCUUUUAAGGACACCCUGCUGAACGACAUCAGGAAGGCCAGAGAGAAGUACCAGGGAGAGGAGCUGGCCAAGGAGCUCUCCCGCAUUAAACUCAGGAUCGACAACACGGAGGUUCUCACCCAGGACAUCGUGAUGAACCUGCUGUUUUCUUACCGGGACAUACAGGACUACGACGCCAUGGUGAAGCUGGUGCAGACUUUGGAGAUGCUGCCGACUUGUGAUCUGGCGACGCAGCCCAUGAUCCAGUUCCACUACGCGUUCGCCCUCAACAGGAGGAACAGUCCCGGGGACCGGGAGCAGGCUCUCGGAGUGAUGCUGCAGGUGCUGCAGUCGUGCGAACACCCGGCGCCGGACAUGUUCUGCCUGUGCGGACGGAUAUACAAGGACAUCUUCCUGGACUCGGACUGCAAGGACAUGAAGAACAGGGACAACGCCAUACAGUGGUACAGAAAGGGGUUUGAGCUGCAGCCAACGCUCUACUCUGGCAUCAACCUGGCCGUCCUCCUCAUAGUUGCGGGGCAACAGUUUGAGAGCUCCAUGGAACUGAGGAAAAUAGGCGUGAGGCUGAACAGCCUGCUCGGCCGCAAAGGUUCCCUGGAGAAGAUGAACAACUACUGGGACGUGGGCCAGUUCUUCACUGUCGGCAUGCUCGCCAGCGACAUCCCCAAAGCCACUCAGGCUGCAGAGAAGCUCUUCAAACUCAAGCCGCCUCUCUGGUAUUUGCGGUCGGUGGUGCAGAACCUGCAGCUGAUCCUGAGGUUCAAGAAGCAGUCGGUGGAACAUUCUCCACAGCGGGAGAGACUCAACUUCUGGAUGGACAUCAUCGUGGAAGCCACGCAGGGAACCACCAAGCGGCUGCGCUUUCCGGUGUUGAUUCUGGAGCCCACUAAGGUUUACCAGCCCUCGUAUGUGUCCAUCAACAACGAGGCGGAGGAGAAGAACGUCUCCAUCUGGCACGUUUCUCCCGCUGAAACGAAAGGGAUCCACGAGUGGAACUUCACCGCUAUGUCCAUCAAAGGCAUCAGCAUAAGUAAGUUCGAUGAGCGGUGCUGCUUCCUCUACGUCCACGACAACUCGGAUGAUUUCCAGAUCUACUUCUCCACCGAGGAGCAGUGCGGUCGGUUCUGCUCGAUGGUGAAGGAGAUGAUAUCCGACGGUACGGGCAACGCCGUGGAACUGGAGGGGGAAGGAGACGGAGACACGCUGGAGUACGAGUAUGACACGGACGAGACAGGGGACAGGGUGGUGUUGGGCCGGGGCACCUACGGAGUGGUGUACGCCGGCAGGGACGUCAGCAACCAGGUCCGAAUCGCCAUCAAAGAGAUCCCCGAGAGGGACAGCAGAUACUCGCAGCCCCUCCACGAGGAGAUCGCCCUCCACAAGUACCUGAAGCACAGGAACAUUGUUCAGUAUCUGGGCUCCGUUUCGGAGAACGGAUACAUCAAGAUCUUCAUGGAGCAAGUGCCCGGAGGAAGCCUGUCCGCGUUGCUGCGCUCCAAAUGGGGCCCGCUGAAGGAGGCCACCAUCAUCUUCUACACCCGACAGAUCCUGGAGGGGCUCCGGUACCUGCACGAGAACCAGAUCGUCCACCGGGACAUCAAGGGGGAUAACGUGUUGGUGAACACCUACAGCGGCGUCCUGAAGAUCUCCGACUUUGGAACCUCCAAGCGGUUGGCGGGAGUGAACCCGUGCACGGAGACGUUCACCGGCACUCUGCAGUACAUGGCUCCGGAAAUCAUCGACAAGGGCCCUCGAGGCUACGGGGCCCCGGCCGACAUCUGGUCCCUGGGGUGCACCAUCAUAGAGAUGGCCACUGGGAAACCGCCCUUCCACGAGUUGGGAGAACCACAGGCGGCCAUGUUCAAGGUGGGAAUGUUCAAGAUCCACCCGGAGAUCCCCGAGUCGCUGUCCCUGGAGGCCAAGUCGUUCAUCUUGCGCUGCUUCGAGCCGGACCCCAACAAGAGAGCCAUCACCUCGGACCUCCUCAGAGACACGUUUGUCCGACAGAACAGCAAAGGCAAGAAGAGCAAGAUCGCCUUCAAGCCAUCAGACUACAUCCACAGCGUGUCGCUGCCGGUGCAGCUGCAGUGCGAGGCCAUCGGCAGCAGCAGCAGCGAGCCGGGUUCCAUGAGCCCGGACUGCGACUCCAAACACGACGUGUUCUUCCUGAAGAAGAAGAGCCCCGACUCCGAGAACCCGCUCAAGCCGCCCAACUCCAGCUACCUGAGUGUUCCGGACGAGGGUUCGGCGUCGUACGACCGCAGCGCGCCCCCGUCCCCCGAGGACAGGGACGGCGGUCUGUUCCUGCUGAAGAAGGACAGCGAGAGGCGGGCCAUUCUGUUCAAGGUGCUCAACGACGACCAGGCGAAGGUCAUCUCCAACCUGAAGGAGAACCACAUCCAGGGCAUUGAAGAGCUCCAGCUCUCUGUCGAUCACAUCAAGCAGAUCAUCUGCAUCCUCCGAGACUUCAUCCAUUCCCCGGAGAGGCGCGUCAUGGCGGCCACCAUCUCCAAGCUCAAGCUGGACCUGGACUUCGACUCCACCUCCAUCAACCAGAUCCAGCUGGUGCUCUUCGGCUUCCAGGACUCGGUAAACAAAGUCCUGAGGAACCAUCACAUCAAACCUCACUGGAUGUUUGCGAUGGAUAACAUCAUCCGCCGAGCCGUGCAGGCCGCGAUCACCAUCCUCAUUCCAGAGCUGCAGACCCACUUCGGCCCGGCGUCCGAGUGUGAGGGAGCGGAGAAGGAGGACGAGGUGGACGAAGAGGAAGCGGAGUUCAGUCCCGUCUUGGCUUUGCCCGUUGAUGACGCCGCCGUGGCUGACCCCGCCCACCCGGUGGCCUGCAGGCAGAACUCGCAGGAGCAUCUGCGCUCGCAUCAUCAACUGGGCGUACAGCUGGGGCGCCUCAAACAAGAGACCAACAGGCUGCUGGAGGAGCUGCUGCAGAAGGAGAAGGAGUACCAGCAGGUCCUGAAGGCCACCCUGCAGCAGAGGUCACAUGACACGGAGCUGGUCCGAGUCCGACACAGGCCACUAGAUGUUUUACCUCCCUCCAUCUUCAAAAUCCCGGCGGACCACGAGCCGGACAAGCCGCUCACUGAUUGGCUCAAGGAGCAGGGGGCGGACGCAGACACCGUAGACAAGUUCGUGCUGGAGGAGUACACGCUGAUCGACGUCCUCGCCGAAGUUACCAAAGACGACCUCCACCGCCUGCGUCUACGGGGCGGAGUACUCUGCCGCAUCUGGCGGGCCAUCCAGCGGCACCGAGAGCGAGAGAGGCUGAGGCCCGACGAGCGCUCGGGGGGCGACGCAUGACGGGGACCGCGCCCCCCCCCCCCCCCCCCCGGGACUCGCUAUGCAGGAAACACGCACACAUCUGCACACAUCUGCACACAGCCGGCCCCCCCCGUGGGGGAUCCUCUCCUCUCUCUCUCUCUGUCUCUCUCUCUCUCUCCCUCUGCAUCUCCAGCCAGCAGAGCAAAGCUCUCUGCACGCAGGUAGAUGCCACAACGUGUCCUCUGCAAACAUGGAAGCGGUGUGAAGUGACGCUCCAACGGACCCGACACAAAUCUACAGAAAUGACACAGGCUUGAAACAAAACAAUCAACCAACCUCCACAAUGACGAGAAAGGGAUUGUAAUUAUCUGUCAACUCAUAUCUAAUAUUGAUGAACUACUUUGUUGCCUUUUGUACAAGAACUAUAAAGAAACUAGUCAAGGACUAAAUGCAUUAUGAAGAAGCACCAAUUAAGAUUCACCAGUGUCUGUAAAAACGCCAUGAUGUCGAAUACAAGCCCGUUUUGUUUCUUUACUGCACUAAAGAAAGAAGUUUUAAGUCUAAAUGUUUCAAAUGCCACCACGUCAUUGCCUUGACAAUUGUACGCAUGUUAUUAAUAUUUCCUUGAUAUUCUUAAUGAAGUUAUAAUUCUUUUUUUCACCCUCUUUGCUCUGUGUAUUUAAAUGUUUUUAAUUUUAUUUAACUGUUGUGCGUACACGCUCGUCAGUUUCAUCGAUUGCUUUAAAGAUUCAAUAAACCCGGAAAUAAUUAAAAUCGUC